AUGCCUCGAGGGCGCAAAUCCGCCACUACCCGAGCCGCUUCUGGCGGCCAGUCCAGACUCUCAUUUAACAAUCGAGUGACGAAGACGAGCGCACAAGCACAGAGAGAUGAAGAAGUGGCCAGCGCCCAGAAACUCGCCCAGAUCGAAGACACUCUGCAGCAGGGACAACCAGAGCCAGAAGUCGUGGAUGUGAAAGUUAAAAAUGAACCGGAACUAGGACCAACACAACGGAAGGUUGAAGAUCACGAACAAUCAGAAACCGAGCACAUCGUAGAGGAAGAACCAGAACCAUCGAAAACCUCAGCGAGACGGAGAGUCAAAUCAGUCAAGGGCAAGGACGAGAGAGAGCUAGCCGCGGAGAAGAUCACGGAUGCGCAACUCAAGAAGUAUUGGCAGAAGGAAGAAGCCUCGAGGCUUGCUCCAAGAGUACACCAGGAGACCCUCCCUCUCCACGAAAAGAUCCUCCGACACUUCGACCUCUCAUCCCAGUAUGGUCCUUGUAUCGGCGUUCCACGCCUGACACGCUGGCGGCGAGCUAAUACUCUCGGCCUGCAACCGCCCAUCGAAGUCCUCGCCGUGCUGCUCAGAGAAGAAGAAGGUGGUGAUGCGACAGAGGGCCCGCAUUAUGGACGCAAGGGUCGGAGUCAGGGCUGUGGGAAAAUGGCGUAUAUUGAUGAACUUGGAGGUGGACGGGUUGUGCUUGUCGAGUAA